CUCGGAACAUGGUUUUUUCAAUUGUAAACAAAAUGGUCUUUUAUCUAAUGAACAAUCACUUGUGUGAUUUUUCAAACGGACUUCGUUUAGUUGGAUUAUGCCAUACAUAUAAUAUCCCUCGCCACCGUGAAUAAUACACUUGGUAGAGUCAAGGACUCAAUGUACCCAAUGAACACGGCACACACAGAACAAACAAUCCACUUAAUACGUAUUUAACACAAAGUAAGCUGAUAAGAAUGGCUCCUCAACCACCACCACAAUCUCCACUGUUUGGAGGCCAACCGACACCUGACCGCCCCACCGCCAGCAGUAAUGGCCACAAUCAUUCUAGCCCAUCAAGUUCAACGAACUCCAGAAGAGCAGCUCGGUCAACGCGACGACAAAACGCGCAGACGCUUUUGAGACAGCUGUCGAGGGUGUUGCGGGAAGAUUACAACAACAUGCCUCGAACAUUCGGGCACGUGGCGGCCAAUCUGUAUGAAUUCAACGUGGAUCUGUUCGCUUACCAGCUUUCACCAGCAUCAAGGACUGCAUUGGCCUACACUCAUCCAGAUUUUAUGUACGAAAUCACGUCCGAUGCAAUACAGGGCGCUGGAGGUUACACCUACCACGCUUUGGUGAACAAAUUCAACGCCAUUGGGCGGGGACCAGCGAUUACAAUAUGGCAGAUGCCCCGCCAAGAGUACAAUGAAUGGAUGUAUCUCCUGGAGAAAGAUUACAUCGAGCACAACAUGUUGUAUUGUCAAGAUUGUGACCACAUCCACCAGGUAGAACAUGCUAUUAAAAAUCAUAACUACCCUUGUUACAGCAAACACAGGCCUUUAUUCUACCCGACUUUUCACCCUGAUAUCCACCCCCUCGCGUUGUAUUUUAUCUACCUGACCAAGCUGCGAAAUAACGAUUGGGGCACACUCGGGUGGGAGAUUGACCAUCCAAUGGACUACUAUACGCACAGUUGGAUGGCACAUGGGUUUGAGCUUGAUGCCCAGCGCCGGCAUUCCGCAUUUGUGACUGCGGAUGGUAUCUUCUUGCGAGAACAGUACCAGGUCCGACUUUUGCAACCCGCCAACGGAGGCAUUUACCAGAAGCACUUAUUCGGUUGUCAGCACUUACAAUAUGAGGUAAAGACAUGGAAUGGUCAAAAUGACUAUACACUGACCGUUGUUUACAACAACGGACGUUUUACAUCAUGGUACAUGGCAAACCUCCCCUAUGCUCCCGCUAUUCAGGGCGCAAGACCGUCGCCGUUCCGCCGGCUCUUUUCUUGCUCGUUGUGCAAUCGGGACUUCCUCUUCAUGCCACUAACGCGGCAAUCUCCACAUUUGUGGCCUUCAGGAAGUUUUCCCCCAGCCGGUGGCGCUCUGCGGCACCCAAAAAGAAUGUUCACCGGGUUUGCCCUUACCACCUGGAUAUGUGUAGCUUGGUACCGGUUACAGCUACCGGCCGCUCUGCCUCCUCCGGUCAACGCAGUUGGUUGGCCCCCUGUUUUCCCACCUUCGCCCGGUUUCCGACUCGAAGAUGUAAUAUCCAGUUUAGUCCAACCGCACGUUCGUACGUGGCGUCUUAAUGUCUGUAAUAUCAUGCCUCCUCUACCUUCUGGUACAGUGUGUCGUGCCAUUGAAGGCCCGCAAUUUAUUUAUAAGUUACCUUCAGUGCCGUGAGAUGCGUACAAAGGGAGUCCAUUCACUGCUGUUACUUGAAUCCGGAGGCAGAGCAUUUUGAGCUGUAAUCAUGUCCGCAUCUUUCCAUGAAUCCAAUAGGAGCUCAAGGGUGUUCCAUAGUCACAUUACAUAAAAAACCUGAAACAGACCAAUGGUCAACCAAUUCUGUAACG